UAAAAAAGUUAUUAUUCGCUUUUUUUCAAAGUAAUUUGACAUCAUUUAUGUUCGAACUACUUUUUGAAACAAAAUAAAGAUUUAAAAAUUUACAUUUUUGUGACUUAUUGGUCUUAAAGUUAAUAUUGGUCUUAAAGUUAAAUAACUUUUUGUAAAAAAUGAUUAAAAUAUUUCAAUCCAAGUUUUUUCGUAAAGAUCAACCAAAGAAAAUCAAUCAUUAAAAGAUAAAAUGUUUAACAUAAUAUUUUAAAUACUCUUUAUGUUAAAUAUUUUCAGCUUUAAAAAUUUUAAAUUAAAACCUACAAUAAUAUUUUAUUUAUUGUUUGGAAGAGAGCAGAACAAAACAUAAUUUUAAAAAAACAUUUCAAAAGAAUAAGCUGUUGAUAAUGUUUCUAAGAAACAAAGUUUAUCAAAUGGAAGAAAGUAAAAAGUUUAAAUACGUGGCAUCCGAUGCGCAAGAAGUUAUGAAGUCGUUACGCAGCGGAGUAAAGAACUCAGAAUAUAUUUCAACAGGAAAAGAAAAAGAAAAUUAAGUAAAUAAACUUUUGGAAAAUUUUUCCUCGUGGUAAAAAAAAAAAAAAAAAAAAAAAAAAAAAGAAUAUUGAGAGUAAUUUUUUUGGAAACAUUUUUGAGAAUUUUAUUGAAAACGAUGAAAUUGACACCAUUGAUAACAACGAGAUGGAAUUGACACCAUUGAUAACAACAUAAUAGAUAACGAGAGUUUUAUUGAAAGUGAAUCAAUAUCUUCGAUAAAGAGAAUUUUAUAGAAAAAUAUAGAACCGACAUCAUCGAUAAUAAGAUUUUUUCAGAAAACGAUAACGACCUAAGUUUUGAUAGUUUUUACUCACCUUUGGAUGAAAUUUACAUGGAUUCAAUAACAUACCUAAGUCAAGUAGAUUCGUUUGAUUUAUUCAAAAAAGAAAAAGAUUUUGAAUCUAUUCACGAUAUAGAAAACGUUGAGAGUUUGAAUAUAGAAAACAUAAACCUGAGCUCCUCGUACACAUUUUCUGAUUCAGAUGAUGAGUUUGUUUCUGAUUUUGUUAAUGAUGUUGUAUUGAAUUCUACUUUGCAAUUAGUUAAAGAGAUAAGGUACAAUUCAACAUCAAUAAUCAAUAAAACAGAUAUGAACAAUAACUUAAUACAGAGGGAGAAUAACAAGGAAGAAUUGUUACAGAGCGAGAUUAAUAAGAAAGAAUUGUUACAGAGCAAGAUUAAUAAGAAAGAAUUGUUACAGAGCGAGAUUAGUAAGAAAGAAUUGUUACACUGCGAAACUAUUAAGAAAAACAAGUCAUUACAAACGAUGCGCGAGAAUACUUUGUGCGAAUUAGAUGAAGUUUUAAAUAAAACACAGUUUGAAAUUAAAGUAAAAGAUUGCCGUUUAACUAUAAAUAUGUUUCAAUAUGUUGAUGCGCUACAAGAAACUAUUUUAAAAUAUUUUGUAAUAAGUCUAUUGGUAUUUUUUUUAGUAUAAAAAAUUGUUUUUAA